AUGUCAAUAGGCUUUCCUUACGGCCUGGAUACGGGCGACGCCAACUCAAGUAAGGAAGACCGGAUCUCCACCGGCACUGCGCUCCUGUCCUAUUCGCGUCAUCUUGCUUCAUCAGCUGAAGCGCGGUCUGCCCUUGCCCCUCAGGACGACUUCUGGGUUGGUCUAAACCGUAAUUGGGAACUUCUCGCCAGUGUAUUCCAACCAGGGGAGGACGAAGGAUAUGCGGAUUAUUUACUUGGACUGACGAGAUUGACCCGGAAUGCAGUUGCGGGGGUUCCAGAAAAUCAGAACAAAGCAUUUAUCGCCGAACCUUCCAUAAGAAUCAUUGUUCAGGCUCUCACUGCCGGCGUAUGGCUGAAUGAUGAAGGAUAUUAUCCACAUGUGCAGAGCCUCGCUCAGUUACUAUCUAAUAUGAUCACGUCAAAUGAUACGCUCGCCCAGAGAAUAUGGGAAGCGUACGCAGCCCUUCCAGGAGAAUUGUCUCCAAUUCUGCGCCUUCUGUAUAGCACUGAUGUAAACACGAUCAUCUCCACAUUCGUCUUAGUUCUCAACCUCACCGUCGAAAGCGUACAUCGCACCACAAUUUUACCCGAAACCCGUGUUGUUGUUCCCCUACUAGACUGGAUAGAUCGUGUAUUCGAAUCCGAAGAGGAAGGUGACGAAGCCAAGGUGUUCCAAUUGGGUUAUUCAGUAUUCAGUAACGUAUUCCAGCUCGAUCUGUUUGACCAUCUGUUUGUAUCGCUAUCUAUACCAUCUCAUCUACUACCACCGGCCCAGCUCACUCUCCUAAAACUAUACGACUCCUACCUACACGCACCAUCAAGAUCAACUGUACCAAUAUCAUCAGUCUAUUCGCUCAUCCCAUCCCUCCUAUCCCUCUCAGAACAUAUCCGACACCUGCAGGAUCAUCAACAGCCGGAAGUCAACCUCGGGCAAGGCAUUGUGCUCGUGCUGGAUAUCGUGAACCAGUCCGUGCUUCGGGAAGAUGCAGACUCGAAAUCGAAACGAGAUCUUCGGGCUGUCCUUGAGCGAAGCAGAGGUGAAGAUGGGGUAGGAGUGCCCGAGUCGCUGAUUGAACUUUUGCGGUAUCUUACGUCUCACACACCGGCAAUCCAUCCUUUAGAUGAGGGACCAGAAUCAACCGAGCCGGAUGCGUUAAGCUACGUGAACCGGUCGAUCGUGCGGUUAGUCUCCACCUUAGCCCAUGGCUCGCCCGAGGUGCAAGACCGAGUCGGGCAGGUUGGAGGGGUAGAGCUCAUCCUCAGCCUUACUACUGGAGAUCGGCGGAACCCAUACUUACGAGAGCACGCAUUGUUUGCCGUUCGGAACCUGCUCGCUGGCAACGUAGAGAACCAGAAGAGGGUAGAGGGGAUAGAGCUGCAGGGGACUGAAGAUGCCUCGGGUGGCAUCACAGGGUUGAAAUUGAGGGCUAGGGAGUAG